AUGAGAGUGUGCAGCGACGACCACACAUGCAACGCGUAUUCCACCACCAAACCUCACACUCUCUCGCUGCAAUGGCCAACCACCACGGGCUUCUCCACAAACUAUCUCCUUUACUUACGCGUACAGCAUCGGCAAUUGUAUAGGACGCCCAUUGGAUGCUCUCCGCUAUACAUGGCCAACCAAGACGUUGGCAUGUCGUCUUCUUCAGCGCCCUCUUCGUCACAUCGACUUCCGACCGUUUCCGCUUCACAGGCCCUCCAGACGCUCCAGGCCAAAGGUUCCUGCGCCGUUUCAACCGGCAUCCCGCAGCUUGAUGAAGCCCUCGCUCCUGAAGCGCUCCCUGGCCGAGUUGUGUCGGGAGGAUAUCCUCGCGGCAAGGUGACCGAGAUCUUCGGCCCUCCAGGUGUUGGGAAGACGGCGUUUGGAAGGAUCCAGGCCGCCGCAAAUGCGCUUCGGGAAGGCCAUCGCGCCAUUUGGGUUGAUGCUGCCUGCUCGCCCUUGGCUCCGCAACGCGUCAACCAAGUCCUGAGCGCACUCACUCAACCCCAGCCCCUGACGACUGUAGCGAAUGCACAUGCGCCAUCACAUGUACCCCAACCAUCUCUAGAUGAAUUUCGAAACCGCUUCUAUCACUACACCGCCCCAGCGCUCGCCCAUCUACUGGCUCUGUUUGUGCAUAAGCCAGCCUCUUUCCCGCCGCCCAAUACAAGCCUCAUCGUUAUCGACUCUCUUUCGACUCUCUUUGACAAUGCAUAUCCCCGCAAUGCUGACGACCGAGCGUCAAAGAACAAGAGCGAGCAGGCGCGCUGGGCUGCGGGUCGUAGAUUUGCGAUCAUCAAUGAGUUAAUAUCGGCCCUUACAAAAGUUGCUGCACUGCACGACAUCGCACUGCUCAUAACGUGCCAGACCAUCACUCGGAUUCGGGUUGGUUCAAGGGCUCUCUUAGUGCCUGCAAUAUCGGGUGCAGAAUGGGACAACGGAAUAUCCACUCGUAUGGUUCUCUUCAGGGAUUGGGUUACAGGACAAGGGGAAUCACGUCUCACCGACGCUGCUCAGCCUGCUCUCUUGCGAAGCGCCAGGUUCGCAGGCAUACUCAAGGCAAACGGCUCGACUCUAGCCAACGAAGGCGGGGUCGGGGAAGUGGUAUCUUUUGCCAUUGGUAGCACGGGACUCUGCGGCAUGGAUAUAACUGCAGUCGAUAUUGCAGCACCCGACAUUGCACUCGAAGCGAACCCGCUUAAAAGACGUUUUGCGGAGAUAGACGAGCAUGGCAAUUCAACGACUUCUGACGAGUUAUAUGGAUGGGUCGAAGAUGACGAUGUUGCAGCGGAAGGACUUCUAUUCGAGGAAGAACCCUUGUCCGAUAUAAUGGAUGGAGCAGAAUCUGGCCCAAGAUCUGCCGCAAAAUCAGAGACAGAAUAUGGUGCAGGAUCACAAGGAGAGAGGUAA